GGCAGAAAAUUAUGAGUUUGAGUUUCACUCUGAGGUAAUUUAGUUCUGCCUUUUCUCUUGGAGCUUCUUAGUGGAUACAAGCUAGAAAAGGCCAACUUAUCCAGCAGUUGGGGGAUCAAUUCCUUCCAAGAGAAUCACCUCUGAGCAUGGACACAGGAAUCACUCAAGGGCACAUUUAACAGAGAACUUACUCCACAUACUCCCAAGAUGAGUGAGCAGGAAGUUACUUUUUCAAUUGUGAAAUUUCGUAAGGAUACAAGGUCACAGAACCAAGUAAGCACUGAGGAGAGUCAAGCACCCAGAGAAGCUGGCCCCAGAGUGUGUUCGGUCCCCUGGAAGAUCAUUGUGAUAGCUCUCGGAAUCCUCUGUUCCCUUCGGCUGGUAAUUUUUGCAGUUCUAGUGACAAACAUUUUUCAGUAUAGUGAAGAAAAACAUAAACUGCAGGAAACUCUAAAAAUCCUCCACCAUAACUACAGCACCAUGCAAAAUGAAAGCUAUUUAAAGGAAGAAAUGCUGAGAAAUAAGUCUAUAGAAUGUAAUUCUUACAAAAAUCUUCUGGACACCUUCAAGAGACAACAGAACAGAUGCCACAUGGAAGCCAAGGUUAUUUUAGAUUGCUUACAGCACAGAGGUAUGGAGAGGAACUUGAAAAAAACAGUUGCAUUGUUUUAUAUUGUUUCUUCUUCCAGAAGCUUUGAAAUCAAGUAUCAGCUUAGGAUGCUAUUGAUGUGUGAGUUAAUGGUCUGGGGUUUCUUUAACUUGAGUAGAGUCCUGGAAUCCUGGAAAUCCCUGUCUGGACUAGGAGAAUCUUAUAGUUGA